GGAUCGUUCAGCACCUGAUAUCGACGUCGAACCUGAGCAUUGUCCAGAAGCUGUUAUCGAAUGGUACCACAAAGCAAGUGUAGGCAGAAGCCAUGUGGCCUUGAAAGCUAAACAACAUCUUCUUUUCUUGGGUUGGAAGUUAUGGUAUUUUGACAAAACAUGUAGGUGGGAAAUGCGUUAUACUAAUACCGAUGGCAAAACCUUUGCCAGCCUUAAAUUGGCCUGUCAGAGUUGUAUUGAAAGUGGAGGAUGUUCCCUCAAACAACCUUCAACUGCACCAACAACAAAAUCAAUUUCUUCGUCUCAAUUACAGUCGAAAAAAAGACCGAGAGAAUCCCAAGUAACUGGUGAAGAAGAUGAAGUUUUUUCCUGCAAAAAACCUUAUUUAGCAGCAGCGCCACCAGCAACAUCAGUCUUAUCAUUUCCAUUGCAGUCGAUGAGUCAACCGACAGAAUACAAAGAAGCCAUGGAAGAAGAAGAUUCUUUUUCCUUCAAACACCUUUCAUUCGAGGCACCACCAGCAGAUUUUGACAGUGAUUCAACUUCCGAUGAGGAUUCUGACAGAGAUUCAACUUCCGAUGAGGAUUCUGACAGUGAUUCAACUUCCGAUGAGGAUUCUGACAGUGAUUCAACUUCCGAUGAGGAUUCUGACGAUAGUUCAACUUCAGAUGAGGAUUUUGAACCUUCCAAUCCUAGUUUUGGUAAAAAAGCUCCGGUGACUAUGGUCUCAACAUCAAAAGAAAAUGAGAAUCAGGCUAGUCAAUCUGAAUCCGAAGUUACUAAUUCGGCGGGAAGUUGUGAAAGAGGAAAGGUAUUAAAGCUGAGUGUAAUGGAGAAGAAUUCUGAGAGUUGUAAUAAUCGAGGGAAAGUAUUAAAGACGGGUAUGGUGGCUAAGAAUUCAGAGGGUUGCCGUAAAAGAGGGAUGGUAUUAAAGAGGGAAGGUGUAAGGGAAAGGUAUUCACUUGUUUCUUGGUUGGUAAAGAAUCAAAUUUUGGUUCCAGGGACAGAUGUGUUUUGUCGCGGUAGUAACAAUGUUGUCAAAAGAGGGAGUUUAUUUUCUGAGGGUAUAGUUUGUGAUUGUUGUCAUGUUAAUUUCACUGUCACUGGAUUUGAGGCUCAUGCUGGUUGUACAAGACAUAGACCAACUGCUAGUAUCUUGUUGGAAGACGGAAGGUCGUUGUUGGAAUGUCAAAGGGAAGCUCAGAGUUUGCGUGAUCAAACAGGGAAUCAUUGUGUAGCCGAAGCAAAUUCUGAAGCAAAUAAUGAUAAUGUUUGUGGUAUUUGUGGUUUUGGAGGCGACAUAGUACUAUGCGAUCGAUGUCCUUCUUCAUUCCACCUCAGUUGUUUAGGUCUCGAUCGAGUUCCAGAUGGUGAUUGGUUCUGUCCAACUUGUUGCUGCAAAAUAUGCUAUGGACCCAAAUGCAAAGAGGAAUGUGCAGAUCAAACUGAUAACAAUAUUCUUGCUUGUGUUCAAUGUGAGCAAAAAUUUCACUCUGGGUGCGUAAAGGCUAUCGGAGGAUUUGGACCUACUGAAACGGAGAGCAAUGCGAAUAAGAAGACUUGGUUUUGCAGUGUAGUUUGUGGGAACAUGUUCUUAUGUCUAAAGAAGCUGUUAGGGAAAUCAAUUACGAUCGCAGAUAAUAUAACAUGGACAUUGUUGAAGAAUGAUGCGAGUAGUGAUUACGAUUAUGAUGGUGGAAAGUUUACUUCUAAUGACUUUAGUCUAAAUAAGAGAAAGUUGAAUGCGGCUCUUGGUGUAUUGUAUGAGAGUUUUAACCCAAGCAUUGAUGCUUUCUCCGGAAGAGAGUUGAUUAAAGAUGUUGUAUUUAGUAGAGACUCAAAACAUAAUCGUCUGAACUUUCGUGGUUUCUAUAACGUGAUUUUAGAGAAAAAGGGUGCAGUGGCUUCAGUGGCAACUAUAAGGAUUUAUGGUCCAAAGGUUGCUGAGAUAGUUUUCGUGGCUACCAAGGAACAAUAUCGAAAACAAGGAUUGUGUCGUUUGUUGAUGGACGAGCUUGAGAAGCAAUUGAUUCGCUUAGGAGUUGGGAGCUUUGUUUUGCAUUCAUCUGAGCAUGCUAUAAACACUUGGACAAAAUCAUUUGGCUUUAAUAGGAUGAGUGGUAAAGAAAAGUGUCAAUUUAUUGACAAUACUUUCUUAGAAUUUCAGAACAGUAUCAUGUGCCUUAAACGACUGAAUAGACCUAUAUGGCCUUACAUUGCUGGAUGUUAGUUAUGCUAUGACAGUCAUUAUGUUUUUAUGGUGUAA